AUGAGGUCAAUUUCUACUUUGUUGUUCAUUAUAUCGACUUUCAUUUCGUUGGUUUCUGCUUUGCAAUUGGCCAUUCCAGCAACCACGAACCCAGAUCCAUUUUGUAUUCGUGAUUUUGUUCAAGAGGAACAAAUGGUUGUCGUCAAUAUUAAGACGAAUGGUAAUUCCGGAGAUGGCCAAAGACUCGACUUGAGAAUAGUAGACCUGUUAGGUAACGAAUACCGUCGUAAGAAUGAUAUUGCUGGUUCUGUUAAAAUUGGGUUCACUAGUCACAAUAGUGCUGCUUUUGAUAUUUGUUUCACCAACCAAUUGGAAAGAAAAUGGUCCAAGAACACCAACUUUGUUAGGGAGAUCGAAUUAGACGUUGAAAGUGGAGCUGCUGCAAGAGACUGGAACGCAGUACAAGCUGCUGAAAAGUUGAAGCCAGUUGAGGUUGAUUUGCGUAGAAUCGAAGAAACGACUUACGAAAUUAGUGGAGAAUUACAAUAUUUGAAAGCUAGAGAAGAAAGAAUGAGAGAUACCAAUGAGUCAACUAACUCGAGAGUAAAAUGGUUCUCUAUUUUAGUCAUUACAUCUCUCGUUGGUUUAGGUGCUUGGCAAGUUCAAUACUUGAGACAUUAUUUCAAGGUUAAACAUAUCAUUUAA